UCCGUUAUUCACAGUCAAAGUCAGCAUAAUGCAGCAAUCCCAAAUCCUAAGAAAUCUAUGCCUCAUUGUGGUUGUAAGCUCGAUGGCAGUUAUGGUCCAAGGAGUGUGCAACAGUUGCCAAGCCAACAAUGUGAAAUGUCUGAAUGAAACACACUAUAGCUUCUGCUCCGAUAAUGUGGCGCCCAAUCAGGUCCUUCAGUGUCCGGAUAACAAGGUCUGCACCGACCUGGCCAUCAUCUGCAUGGACAGCAGUAUAGUGGAUAGCUCCUGCUCAGGCGAUGCCGAUGGAUCCUGCCCCACCUGCGAUGGAAACAGUAUGUUCGUCUGCACCAGUCGCACCACCUUCCAGAUGUGCGAUGGCACCAACCUAACUGGCCAGGUCACCAAGUGCAAGGACAACAAGAUCUGCUCGAUUAAGUCGGGCAAAUACUGCGUGGACCUCUGCGAAGUGGGUGAUUCCGUCGAAUGCGACAGAGAGAGUCCUCUAUAGAACUUUUGAAUUAAUUUUUAAUGCAUUCACUACCUCAUGUCUGAACUGUUAAUAAACCACGAUUUUUGUAACUUAAGUAA